AUGUACCGCUGCGCGUGCUGCACCGAGGCGUCCGACCACUGCGCUGAUUCGGAGAGCGUGCCCGACUCUAUGCCGAGUCUAGAGACCGUGUCCGAGUCAGACGGUGAUUGCGUACACGAGAACGAUGACAAUUGGAGUGAGGACAGUAGCGGGGACAGCGACGAUGAGGCCGUUGAUGGCGACAAGGAGAACGCACGCGCGGCAUCCGGCCCUGAUUCGUUGACGGCUAAACUCCAAGAGCUCCAUGGCACGUACGAUCCGGUGGCGGAGCACUCUCAGAGAGUACAACGAUGGGCAGCUACCGAGAAUGACCUUUCCCGUGAGCGCGCGACCGUCGCUUCGCGUGGCUCCCCCGCCCUACUAGAUGGCCGCUCGGGCGUAUUGCCCGUGGUGGCCGCGCGAGAGUUGGGUGACGCGAAUCAUCACACCGAGCAGCUUUUCUCCAUGAUAAGCCGUAUCGACGAUGGCUUCCGACUGCACAACCGUGACGCUCGCUCGUGCAUGGACUUCAACCCCACUGCAGCUCCUUUGCGGGAGACGGGCGACCCCGACGCUAUCCCCAGCGACCGCGUCCUUCAUUACGACAUAUCGUGCUCGUGGAGGAGGUGGUUUUGUUCCGGCGGGACGCUGUGCCAGGGUACAAAGAGCGCGAAGGCGAAGCUAUGA